UAACAGAUGGACUUGUGAGGAUUAGAGAAAUCUGGGUGGGUUUCUGAUGUAAAACUGGACCAAGAGGGAGCGCAGAGGAAAGGUGAAGGAAACCAGAUCCCUAUUCGAGGAGAGGUGAAGGGAACUAAAGGAGUCUCAAACACAGUUGUUGUCGAGGCAAAGACAACAUGAGAGACAGUUUACAUUAAUACCAUCUACCUAACCCUGCAAGAUUACAACAGAUUACCGGGCCCAGGAGUAGGCCUGAGAAACGGGACUAAUCACUCUAUUGUGAGCUCAAUCCAUCGUGAAGAGGCGGAGGAACAGGUUGGAGAAAGGGAUGUUCCCUGAGAGCACGACAUAUAAGUCGCAAUAUCCUCAGGAUAAGAUUUAGACGUUUAUCUUCAUCUGAGAGGAGCAAAAGUCUUAAAAACUCUGGGUCAGGAUGACUGAGGAAACAUGGGGUAGAGUUGCAGCUCAAUGAGAAGAAAUGUGUGGAGUCAAAUGCGGCGCAUGGCUCGUGCCGUAACAUCAAGCAAGAAAGAAAGUCUCAUAUUUGAAUUUGAUGAACUGCUUGCUACUUGUUUCUCUGCCUGAAUCUGAAGCAGAAGGGGAGCUGGGGUUCCCCGUGCAAAAUCUGGCCGACACAUCUGUCCCUUUCUCUUUCUUACUUGCUGGAAGUGAUUAAAUCCCAGCACUCCACUGUCCUCUGACCUCCGCUCAUCGACUGUUCCUCAAGCCCCUUCCAUCCCUCCAUCCGACCUCUGGCUUUUGUUCCACAAUCAUCCCUAAUCCCUUCCCUCCUCUUUCACCCAUCCUACCAUCCUCCAUGAAUCAAUCUCAAUCGCCAUAACAAUCCGCCACCCUUUAUAUUAACUUGUCACUGAGGUGUCACAGGAUUCCCCUUGCUCCUCUAACCCUGAUUGGUCCACAGAAGCUGUCAGGCUCUUCAAAGCAUUUUUGGAUCAGGAUCAACUUUUUAAGUGAAGCCAAAGCACUCCCAGUUCAUUACUUAUUUCUACAUAAUUUUCUUUGUUAAGUUGAGAAGCAACAAUGCUGGAGAACAUGUCCAGACGUAACCGCUCCCUUCUGUCCCUUUCCCUCACCUCAUUGGCCCUCACCCUGUCCGUCUGUGCGUUCUGCACCUCCUAUUGGUGUGAGGGAACACACAAGGUGGUGAAGCCCCUCUGCCUGUCACCUGUCAAGUUGAAGAACUGCGGGACGAACAACAGCCAGCCAUACACCACAGAGACCCCCACCCCUGACCCGAGGAUACCCCCCACCAAUGUGACAUUGUCUCCGCUGCAGAAGGAAGAGCUGGCUAGGUUAAGGAAGAAACAAAUGGCGAACGCUGUCCACUACAUCUGGGAGACGGGCGAGGACAAGUACAUGCUGCGAUACUUCCACACCGGCUUCUGGCUUUCCUGUGAAAAGCACAAUGAAGGUGAGGAUCAGGAGGAAAAGUGUCGCAGCUUCAUUGAGCUGACACCAGGAGAGACACAAGGUGUCCUCUGGCUCUCAGUCAUCAGUGAGUUCACAUAUAUCGGCCUUCUGGCCAUGGGCUUCCUGCUGAUGUGUGUGGAAGUGAUUUGUCUCUGUGCCAAGAGGGAGAUGAACGCCCUCAAGAUCAACGCCUAUGCCGCCAUGUGCACUGUCCUCUCAGGUCUGAUGGGGAUGGUAGCACACAUGAUGUACACCACAGUGUUUCAGAUGACUGUUAGCAUUGGUCCUAAAGACUGGAGGCCACAGACCUGGGACUACGGGUGGUCUUUUGCCAUGGCGUGGCUGUCCUUCAGCUGCUGCAUGGGGGCCGCGGUUGCCACGCUCAACUCUUACACCAAGACCCUCAUCGAGAUGAAGCACCGCGCCCGUGUGAGGCUGGACGAGGCUCGUGCUGCUGCCUGCGCCCCCUCCUAUGAGGAGGUGGUUCGAGCCGGCGGUGGAGGCCUUUACUCCGUCAGUCAGCUGAUUCAGCUUGGCCAGCAGGGGGCGCUCAUGGAACCUCUGUGGCCCAGAGGAAUUGGACCGGCUGUCGGCCCUUUGGCGUGUGGGGCUGGGGGAGCACUGUUUGUCGGUGGAGGAGGAAUUGGGGUUGGAGGGAUGGGAAUGGGAGCAACAGGAGGAGCUGGAGGAAUGGUAGGAAUGGGAGCAGUAGGACGAGGUGGGGGGAUGGGGAUGGGAAUGAUUGGCGUCGGAGGAAAUUUAGUUGGAAUGGGAGACAUGGGAAUGGGAGCAGUAGGAGGAAUGGAGAGAAUGGGAGGAUUGGGAAUGGGAAUGGGAAUGGGAGGAGGAAUGGGAGCAUUUGGAAGAGUUGGAGGACAUUUAGUUGGGAUGGAAGAAAUGGGAGCGGUAGGGGGAAUGGAGGGAAGUGGAAUGGCAGGGGAAAGACUGGUGGACCCUCAUGGUGUGGUGGUGGUGGAGGGAUGCUGCGUUGAAGGAUGUGAAGACUGUGAACGGGAGAUGGACGAAAUGGAUUACUCUCUGCAGGAGGAGAGAGACGACUCACUCUGCUAACACUAUAAGCACAGAAGACAUUAUCUCGUCAGGAUUGUCUCUCCACAGUGUUGUCUUCAAACUACAUUCCAAGACCUCAAGACUUGAACAAUACCUUCUGAAAUAUUUAGUUUUUUUUGUAAAUAAGCAGUUUUCAAAUGAUUCUUGUAACAUUUCUAAACAGUUUUGACCUAAACAUUUAAAGGUGUGAGAUUUUAUUUAUUGAGCACUAAGGGGUAACAAAACUCAAAUAGUCAGAAACAUCUCCAAUGUUGGUUUCUCAUGUUGUUAGCGUGUUAACACGAUAGCGGAGAUUUCCUUCUUACAGAUCAAGCAUUAUCCAAGAUUAUCAACUAUUCGCAGUGUUUG